UGACUCCUUUCUCUGAGUCACAGAGCUGAGAAUAGAGGGAAGAGAGCCUUUCUGGCUUUAUUCACUGGCUGGACCCAAGCAAGACGGCAUCAUGGAGUGUAGACUGGUUGUUACUUAUCUGGACCUUCAGCAUGGAGAGACGCUUAAGAUGAAGGGGAAGAUCUUGCCCGAUUGCAAAGAAUUUGCUGUGGAUCUAGGCCAAGACAGCGACCAUAUCGCCCUUCACUUCAACCCGCGUUUUGACUGCAAGGGGGAUGUGAACACCAUUGUGUGCAAUUCUAAGGAGAAUGGGGAAUGGGGAGAAGAGCAGAGAGAAACCAACUUCCCUUUUGAGCAGGACGGCAAUGUUGAGCUUUCGUUCACCUUUCUUCCCGAUGAGAUCAAGGUGCUUGUGGCAGAGGGCCAUGAAAUCUCCAUCCUCAACCGGCUGGGCCUGAAGACCAUCGAUUACCUUGCGGUGAAAGGAGACUUCAAGCUCCAAGUCCUCAAAUUUCCCUAAACUAGACCUCCUUCCCCGUCGCCUUGUUACAUGGCUGAACAAAACUCAGCUGUGUUCUUCCAAAAAAAAAAAAAAAA